AUGGCCCUGAGGGGCAAGAGAGGGAAGAGUGUGGAUGAAAAGGCUGCUGCAGGCGACUUGCAGGCCCUACCUAGGGACACCCAGCUUCCAGUUUACAGCAAGCAGCCCAACCUUGGAAGAUUCAAGGGCACUGAACCCCCAAGAGAGCGAGUGACUGAAGGAUGGUACUGGUGGCUUUUGCUUGGACUCAGCUGGUUCUGCUCACCCCUGGGAGCUCUGGUACUGGAUUUCAACAACAUCAAGAGCCCCAUGGAUGUGCAAGGCUCUGGGAAGGGUUCACAGUGUACAUCAGACAAGGACUGCAGUGUGGGAAGAUUCUGCCUCACGCUGCACGAUGAGAAGUCAUUCUGUGCCAUGUGCCGCAGGGUUCGCAGGAGGUGCCAGAGGAACACCAUGUGCUGCCCAGGAACAGUCUGUGUGAAUGAUGUAUGCACUGCAGUGGAAGACACAAGGCCAGUAAUGGACAAGGACACUGAUGGCCAAGAUGGCGCCUAUGCAGAAGGAACCACCAAAUGGACAACAGAGGAAAACAAAGCUCAGGGGAAGCCCGCUGUUAAGAAAUCACAAAGCAACAAGGGACAGGAGGGAAAAAGCUGUCUGAGAACAUCCGACUGUGGCCCUGGACUUUGCUGUGCUCGCCAUUUUUGGACAAAAAUUUGCAAGCCAGUUCUACUAGAGGGACAAGUCUGCUCCAGGAGAGGCCAUAAAGACACUGCCCAAGCGCCAGAAAUCUUCCAGCGAUGUGACUGUGGUCCCGGACUACUGUGUCGAGGUCAGGUGACUGGUAGCCGACAACACACAAGGCUAAGAGUAUGCCAAAGAAUAUGAGUUGCAAAAACAUGGGACUCAUUCACACGGAAUCCCAGGCACUAAUUUUAUUAUUAUGAUUAUUUUUAUUUUGUUGUUUUUGUUUUUUGGUUUG